AUGUCUUCUACUAAGAUGCUCUCCAUGAGACUGUCCAACACUGCGCGCUCCUCGGCGCGCAGUUUGCGACCCUUCCCCAGUGCGACUUUGCAAAUCCGCACCAAGGCGACGAUGCCUUUCAGACUCCCCGAUGCCAGAAAUGAACCCAACCCACACUACACACGAGGCUCUCCGGAGCGCGCCAAGGUGGAAGCAGCCUUGAAGGAGCUCCGGUCCCAACUCCCCGUCAAGAGUGAAGUCUACUAUAACGGUGUGGCACAGAAGGUCUCCCAGUCGGUGGAUCAACCGAUGCCUUCGGAGCAUGCCACGACCUUCACCAACUACCCCCUUGCCUCCAAGGAGCAGGUCGCUGCUUCCAUCGAAUCGGCUCUCAAGGCCAAGAAGAGCUGGGAGGAGACUCCCUUCGUUGAUCGUGCAUCGAUCUUCAUGAAGGCGGCCGAGUUGGCCACGGGCAAAUACCGCUAUGAGCUGAUUGCUGCGACCAUGCUGGGUCAAGGAAAGAAUGUCUGGCAGGGUGAGAUCGAUGCCGCGGCCGAGUUGGCCGACUUCUUCCGUCAGAACUGCAACUGGGCGGCGGAAUUGAUGGAGAAGCAACCCACCCGGGGCACGGAUGGCAUCCGCAUGGAAUACCGAGCCCUUGAGGGAUUCGUAUACGCUGUCUCGCCCUUCAACUUCACCGCAUUGGGUGGCAGCUUGGUCUCGGCUCCGGCCUUGAUGGGUAAUGUGGUCGUGUGGAAGCCCUCGCCAUCCGGCAUCUACGCGAGCACCUUGGUUUACAAGAUUCUGCUCGAGGCUGGUCUGCCUCCAGAUGUUGUGCAGUUUGUGCCCGGUGAUGCUGAAGAGGUCACCAGCGUGGCCCUCUCUCACCGCGACUUUGCGGGCUUGAACUUCAUCGGCUCGUCCGACGUCUUCCGUAGCAUCUAUGGCAAGAUUGGCGAGGGUAUCGCGAACAAGACCUACCGGGAGUUCCCUCGUGUGGUCGGCGAGACCAGCGGCAAGAACUUCCACCUCAUCCACAACACCGCGGACAUCACCAGCGCGGUCAACCACACCAUCCGCGGUGCGUUCGAGUACCAAGGCCAGAAGUGCUCGGCCACUUCCCGUGUUUACCUCCCUGAGAGCCGUGCCGAGGAGUUCUUGACGGCCCUGAAGGCUGGUGUCAAGGAAAUCACCAUCGGCAGCCCCGACAAGGACUUUGAGGCCUUCAUGGGCCCUGUCAUCCACCGCAACUCCUUCAACAAGAUUAAGUCGAUCAUCGAUGCCAGCAACCAGGAUCCCAACCUCACCUUGCUGGCUGGUGGUACCUACGAUGACUCGGUGGGUUACUACGUGAACCCCACGGUCUACCAGGCCCACACUCUCGACCACUCCCUGUUCAAUCAGGAGAUCUUCGGACCCGUGUUGGCCAUCUAUGUCUACCCUGACUCCGAGUGGAGCUCUAUCCUGAAGACGGCCGAUCAGCAGGGUGGCGGCUUCGCGCUCACCGGUGCGGUCUUCGCCAAGGAUCGCCGGGUGAUCCGUGAAGCUGAGGAUGCUCUGCGCUACUCCGCGGGUAACUUCUACAUCAACUGCAAGACCACUGCCGCUCUGAUCGGACAACAGUCCUUCGGUGGUUCUCGUGCCAGUGGUACGAACGACAAGGCUGGUAGCUCCGACAACUUGCGCCGCUUCACCAGCCCCAGAAUGAUCAAGGAGGAGUUCUUCCCCAUUGAUGGCUUCACCUACCCUAGCAACCACUAG